AUGAGCAGCAGCAUUCCGCGGCCAAAUGAAGGCGAUAUUGAUAUCGGGUCGGCCACAUUUGCUGCCUGCUGGGUCCUCACGGCCAUUGUCGGCGUCGCGCUCCUGUUCCGCUAUGGCGUCAAGAUCUGGAUUCGUUGGAUGAUGCCACAGGUCAGCGCGCCAGAGAGGGUCUGGGGGUACGAAGAUGUCCUCUUUCUCAUCGCCUAUGGCUGCGACGUCACUCAUAUGAGCAUGAUCCAAACGUCCGCAUCUUGGGGUCUAGGUCGCCAUUAUUUCUACCUCAACGAGGAACAGAGAACACACGCGAUGAAAUGGGACUUUAUGUCCCAACCGAUCGCGGUGGCAUCGGCCAUGAUCUCCCGGACGGGCAUGAUGUGGUUUUUGGCGACAUGCUUCGCGGCCAGCGACAGGAGAAUCCGCUUGUCCAUCGUCGUCUGCGCCAUCGUGCAGGUUGUGGUCAACAUGAUCACCAUUGUCCAGAUCAUCGUCCAGUGUGGGCCGAACCCGUAUCGCGCGACUGAUCGGGUGCAAUAUUUCCACUAUAUGUGGACCGCAUUGCCGGCCGAUGGCUCAGUGAAGUGCCAAUCUCCCACCGUCCAGACAACCGUUGGAUUUGUGCAAGGAGGAUUCAAUUCCUGUAUUGAUUUCUUCCUCGGCAUCCUGGCUGCUGUGGAACUCUGGCAGUUCUUCCUGCGGACUCUGCACCGGGAACCCAACGUGUCCUUCUGGUAUCAGUUCCGCAAGAUCAAUAAUACCGUCCGGUCCCGCCGCAUCUGGCAGACUCUUACCCUUAGCGGACCUCUGAUACUGUCAGGGGCCGCGUCGAUUGUCAAGACCUACAAACUCAAGUCCCUCGGUGAUCGACUCGACUUCACGUAUAAUAUCGUAUCCUUUGUGCUCUGGGUCAAGAUCGAGAAUUAUAGUAUUUUGCUGGCGUCGUGCGCCCCCGUGGCUCGAAUCUUCCUCCGAACGAUCGUUGAUCAGCGCCGCAUAGGCCGACCUCAUGGCUACUGGUCCCGAUCUCGGUCUGCGACCAAGGAAAACAACUCUGAUGAUACCGAGUUGAAAACCCGGGGCAAGGACCCGCUAGAAUCAUCGAUGGGGGCACACUGGGAGCAUGAUGACGAGCAGACACCGUAUCCAUGGGGCUUAAACGAACGGUGUCGAGUAUCCAGGGGCUACAACGCACGGCAGCCGGCCAACGACGGCCAAGUGACGGUGAAGACGGACAUCAUCGUGCAUGUGGAUGAUAACCACUCGACCUCGUCGGGCGAUGCUCGAUUGCUUCCGCACGGUGGAGAACCGCAGCGCACCGAGGAGAUGUGUUAG